AUGGAUGAUGAUAACAAUGGCGGCGCAAGAGCAAUUUCCUCGAGCUCUUUGCAUUCGGAGCCUCAGCGAGAAGAUAGAGAAGAGGCCUCUGAUAAUGGCGACCAGAGAGUUUAUUUAGUUCCGUUCAGAUGGUGGAAAGAGGCCCAGGACUCGUCUUCUCCAGACGUAAAGAAGGGAAUCCCGUAUGCUGCAUGCCCUUCUUCUCUAUACGGGGGUCCGAUGAAGAUAUUCAACAAUAUAUUCAGCUCAGAUAUCGCGUUCAACCUAAGGAAAGAGGAUGCAUUGUCAUGCAAUGCGGAAAGUGAUGAAGCGGGAGAGUCAUGUAGAGAUUACGCACUGGUCCCUGGCGACAUGUGGCUUGAGGCGCUCAAAUGGCACAGUAAUUCCAAAAGUUCAUCAAAGGAAAGAAAAGGAUUUACAGCUGCAGAAGAUGAUAUGUCAGAUGUGUAUCCACUUCAACUUAGGCUUUCUGUUCUCUGGGAAACUAAUGUAGUGGCAGUCAAAGUGACCAAAAAGGAAAAUUCAGUUGAAUGCUUCAGAAGAGCCUGCAAAAUUUUUAAUAUGGAAGCUGAACCUAUACGGGUUUGGGAUUUUUCUGGGCAGACAACGCUGCUUUUAUUGACUGACAAAAAUAAAAACUUUCAAGAAUCUCAGAAGCAAACAGAACAGGAUCUGCUCCUUGAGUUGCAAGUUUACGGGUUGUCAGAUUCUCUUAGAAAUAGAGGGGCCAAAAAAGAUGAUGCUGGAACAUAUUCUUAUGGUACUUCAUAUUUGAUGAAUGGUAGCACUACCAACAGUAGUUCUAGUUCAGCCCGAAGCAGUUCAUGUAAGCUUCUUGGAAAUUCAUUUGAAGCUGGUACGUUGGGCCUAACUGGAUUACAAAAUCUUGGAAAUACCUGCUUCAUGAAUAGUGCUUUACAGUGUUUAGCACACACGCCAAAGCUUGUUGACUACUUUCUUGGAGACUACAAGAGAGAAAUAAAUUCAGAGAAUCCUUUAGGCAUGAAGGGUGAAAUUGCUUCAUCGUUUGGAGAUCUUAUGAAGAAAUUAUGGGCCCCUGGAGCAACUCCUCUGGCUCCAAGAACAUUUAAAUUGAAGCUUGCUCAUUUUGCUCCCCAAUUCAGUGGUUUUAAUCAGCAUGAUUCUCAAGAGCUGUUGGCAUUUCUCUUAGAUGGUCUCCAUGAGGAUCUGAAUCGUGUGAAAUGCAAACCUUAUGUCGAAGCUAAGGAUGCCGAUGACCGCCCAGAUGAAGUAGUAGCUGACGAAUAUUGGAAGAAUCAUCUAGCUCGGAAUGACUCUAUAAUUGUUGAUAUCUGUCAAGGCCAGUACAGGUCCACAUUAGCAUGUCCGAUUUGUAGAAAGGUGUCUGUUACUUUUGACCCAUUCAUGUAUCUCUCUUUACCUUUGCCGUCAUCAUCUAUGCGGACAAUGACAUUGACUGUGAUAAAAGCUGAUGGCAGUAGUAAGCCAUCUCCGUUCACUGUUACUGUGCCCAAGAAUGGGAAGUUUGAAGAUUUGAUCCAGGCUUUGAGCACAGCCUGUUCACUGGGGGUUGAUGAAACCUUUUUGGUGGCUGAGAUAUACAACAACCGCAUCAUACGGUUUCUUGAAGAGCCCACCGAUUCAUUAUCUUUAAUCAGAGACAACGAUCAACUAAUUGCUUACAGGUUACCGAAGGAUGACAAGGAAGCUCCUCUCUUCGUGUUUAUGCAUCAGCUGGCUGAAGAAAAAUUCAUUGCUGGGAAAUUAACACUUAGUUGGAGAGCAUUUGGAGUUCCUCUUGUCUCACGCCGAAGUUUCACAGAUGGCUCUGAUAUUCGUGCAACAUAUGCAAAGCUGAUUGCUCCAUUCCGGGUGACUUAUCAAGAGUCUGGCGAAAAUAUUGAUAAGAUUGACAUAAGUGACACCAGUAAUGCUAGAUUAAGUGGGUCCCCUGAUACAUCUGAUAAAAAAGAGACUGAUGCUGAUUCUGGUAACGAUUUUCAGUUUCACUUUUCGAAUGAAAAAGGAUCAGAGACCGGCUCUGAGAUUGGAAUGGGAGAGCUGGAAAAGCCCGUAUUCAUGCCUGAAAGACUGUAUGUACUCGUAUCUUGGUCAGACAAGAUGGUGAAGCUUCACAAUGUCGAGCCUCUUAACUUGCUUCCGGAAGUUUUUAAGUCUGGAUUUUUCACGAAAAGGCCACAGGAGUCCAUCUCGCUGUAUAAAUGUCUUGAAGCAUUCCUUAAGGAGGAGCCUCUAGGCCCAGAUGAUAUGUGGUACUGUCCUGUAUGCAAGAAGCAUUGUCAAGCUGGCAAAAAAUUAGAUCUCUGGAGAUUGCCAGAAGUUCUGGUGAUACAUUUGAAAAGAUUCUCAUACAGCCGAUUCCUGAAGAAUAAGUUGGAAACUUACGUUGAUUUCCCCAUUCAUGAUCUCGAUCUGUCUGGUUAUAUUACCCAAAAGGAUGAACAAUCUCCUCACCGGUACAUGCUUUAUGCUAUCAGUAACCAUUAUGGAAGUAUGGGAGGCGGUCACUACACAGCAUUUGUACAUCAUGGUGGUGACAGGUGGUAUGACUUUGACGACAGCCACGUGUCACCAAUCAGUGUGGACAAGAUCAAAACUUCAGCUGCUUAUGUUUUAUUCUAUAGAAGAGUUGAGAUUGCCGGACCGAACCCUGUUUAG